AUGACCGUAGAAGAUGGAGAGGCGGGUCCAGUUUGCCAACAGACAGGGUGUGAACCACGGGGAGGCGCUGAUACCGAAGGACACAGUCAGUCCGCGGAGAAGAUCCAUGAGAAUAUAGGACAUGCCAGUCACAAGUCUCAAAAUAUUGUUAUCGGAGGGACGCAGAGCCAAAACAAUGUGGCCAAGAAUGGCGAAGAGGGCACGUCUGAUGAAAAAAGGAGCUGGGAAGAGAGAAAACAAACGAUGGACUCAAACUGCAGCAGUGAGUGUAGCAUCCUAGCUGCAAGUUGCCGAAUAUGCUUCCAGGGUGCAGAUCAGGGGGACCUUUUGAACCCCUGCCGCUGUGACGGCUCGGUCCGCUACACUCACCAGCAGUGCCUGUUCAAGUGGAUCAGCGAGAGAGGCUGUUGGACCUGUGAGCUGUGUUCUUACCGCUUUGACGUCAUCGCCAUCCAUAUGAAGAGACCAGGGCAGUGGCAGGCCAUUACUAUCACACUGGUGGAGAAGGUCCAGAUCGUUGCUGUGUUCCUGGGCUCUCUUUUCCUUGUGGCCAGUAUCUCCUGGCUGCUGUGGUCAGCCCUCAGCCUUCAGGCUGCGUGGCAGCGCAGGGACAUCCUCUUCCAGAUCUGCUACGCCAUGUACGCCUUCAUGGAUCUCGUCUGUAUAGGUCUGAUUGUCCACGAGGGCGCAGCGGUGCACAAUGUCCUCAUGCGCUGGCGAGCGCUCAACCUCCACUGGGAUGUCCAGAACUACGACAAGGCAGCAGACAUGGAGGAGGCUGCCAGGGCAGAGACCGCAUUGGUUCCCAGAACACUCUGGCUUCCCCUAGCUAUCAUGGGGUCUGUAGGGCCUUUGCAACCCAUUACCCAGCUAGGACCCCCACAGCUGUGGGCUUUUCUCUGUCUCCCCCCCUUGACCCUCUGCUGCCCUCCUCUGGCUGCCCGAGGCACUCUCAGCCAGGACAGGGACUCUGAGGGGGUCGUAACAUCUGUGUGACGGUGUUGACACCCUUCCAUCUUCCCAGAUAUAGUCCAAUGAGGCACUGUUGCAUGCUGGGGCAAAGGGACGGUAUACGUAUGGCUCUGGACAUGGGUCAUUUGACUGCGUGUGCCUUUGGGGACGGAUCGAUUUGUGUCAAUCUAAGUUGAGAUCACAAUUUAGAAGCUGUCUUGUCAGGUAUCUAUUUCUGUCAAAUGGAUAUGAUGUAAAUCCAGAUAAAUGACUAAUCAAGAUACAAUGAGUAGCUAUCUGGUUACAGCAGUUUAUCAGAUGAAUUUAUACCAGAGAUGAUAAAGAACCCAGGUGCAUCACUCCUGACUGAGUUACAUUCAGGGGUGUUGCUUAGCAGACUAGAACGGGCUGUUAAAACAUGAAUGGUUGCUGGA